CGUACGCCGCCCUCUUGUGUAUCCUUGGUAACAGUAUGAUUCUUAAACGCCAUUGGGCGUUUGUUCAAACGUCAAUCCGUCUUCUAUUUCAUCAAUGUGCUUUGGGACUGGUAAAAUAACUUGAAUCAGGUAAAAACCCAUGAGAAGUCGACUCUACAUAUUGAAUUGUGAAUUUCUUUAAGCAUAAUUUAUAAAACUCUUGACUUUCCUAUGCCGAGUGUCAUUUACUACGCUGCUUGUAUCGAAAAUCUAGCAGACGACGGUGUGGAACUUGUAACGGAUUUAUUUCAUCUGAUCGUUGUAUCUGGUAUUUCUGAUCUCGCAUAAGAGAAUCGUCGUUUUGUAUUCAUUAAUUGAUCUGAACUAUAUUUGAUAAGUUAUUAAUAGUGGUACUGAACAGAAAUCUCUAACAAUAAGCUUACAUAAAAUUGGGAAGAGUAUCAGAAAUGGCGAUGGAAAUAUAUACAUUUGACAAAAGUCUCCAAGAACGGCUGACCGAAUACACAGAGAUACUGUCAACGGAAAAAAUAGUACCAGCAUCUCAAAUCCGCUCCGAAUGGUCCUGUUACGUCGAGUUGGUGAUAGAACCUGUUGGAUGGCGAGCUCUUUGGAAAAUUCCACGGCUGACAUGCCAAGACUUUGAGAUCCACUAUCCUACUAUUGUAGUUGUCGAGGUUGAGAAUGUCGAGUUCCGAGAACUAUCUGCGUUAGUGAGAAUUGUGGCUGUUCAAGAUGAGAUACAGUUACCAGAAAAGUACGAUGUUCCUCUGAAUGAGCUUUACCCAACCCAUCAUCAAGAAAAUGAAGUCCUUGAUAUGGUAGGCACAGCGAAUUGCAUCGAUCAAUUGAGAUUCUUCUUCAACUAUCUAUGGAUGCCAUGGGACACAGACGAUGAUGAUAAUACUGACUGGGUCGCGAUGCAUUUGGAACCUAGGAUAAGGUUGUUUUUUGACAUGAAGCGAGGAGUUGUAACCAAAGAAACUUCUGAUGUUAUUAGGAGUUUAGUGAGAGAAGGAAAAGAUAUUCAAGAAAAAAUUGUCCGGCUUGAAGAAGAUAUUUCAGAUGAGGAAGAAGAACAUGAGGAUUUGUGGGAUGAGGGAAAGGCCUGCCAGCUGAUGAAGCUUCACUUCAGACUGCAGCAGAUUAAGACUGAAAUGGAAGUCCUCGAAAAUCCUGUCAUGAGAGAAGUGCUCACUAGAAAUAAAGGUGUCACUAUGACGGACAAAGAAGUUAGGAGACGAGAAAGUAGAGGUAGAAAGUUGGAAGGAUAUUUUGUUUGGCUUGGUGGUCCUGUUCAGGAUAUGAUAUUCUCGUUGAACGAAAUUCAGGCUGUCCUUGGCGGAGAUAUGUUCUUAAAAACUUCAAAUUGCCUGCAAGAAGCACUGGAUGCUUCUGAAGUAAAUGACAUCGUUGUUCUUGGUAAAGGUGACCACCAAAUCAGGGGUGCUGGGGGUUUGGAAGAAGGAGGUGUGAUGAAGGGGCUAGAUGGUCCUGAGAACACUAUUAUUUGUGGUAGAGAAACCGAGUGUGGACCAUCACUGAUGGAUUUUUCUGGAGGCGAGGUAACUAUAGAGAGUGUUACUAUUCAACUGGGAGAACUUCAGAUGGGUAUAUUGGCUCGUCAAGGAACGCUGCGCCUGACAGGAUGUCGGGUAUUAGUAGAGAAUAAAAGCGUCAUUAAAUUAGGUAUCGUAGUUUUACCAGGAGCUAAACUGAUUGCACAGAAUACAGUUUUUGAAGGACUGGGAACUGCAAUCGUCAUUCAUUCUGGAGGUGGAGUUAUACUGAAUGAAUGCCAGUUCAACGAGUGCAUUGAGGGGAUUCAGAUGCAUGACGAUUCUAAUUUGUCCAUGACAAACUGUGCCUUAUCAAAUUUCAAAGAGUAUAGCAUACGCAUGGAAACACAGAAGUACAUGAAUGGUACAGAAGCAAAGGUUGGAGGUACCGAAUUAUUAGAAAACAUUUCAGAAGUCUGCAUACAGGAUUGUAUAUUCAAGAACAAUGGUAAGGGUGAUAUUUUACUCCAAGCCCAACCCUCUGCUGCUCUUUCAGCCAAACAAGAAGGUACCACUGCCAUGGUGUCAUGAAUAAUCUGUUAG